AUGCAUUCCAUUUCAUAUAUAUUUUCCUCAUUACCUCCAUCACAAAAAACAUUAUUCACAUGGGGGAUAAUACAUUUGCUGUUGGGAAUAUUUUUAUGGUUAAAAGGUCAAUGGGGGAAUGGAUUAGCUUUAACAGGCUUUGCUUAUUUAGUAAUAUUUGAUGCCAUGGGAAUAUUCACAAUUUUUAUUUCAACAGUUUUAAUUACUUAUAGAUCGUUAAGAGAACCAACAAUUAAAAAUCCUUUUGGUCAACACUUGGGAUGGUUGGAUAAAGUUGUAUCAAUAAUAGAAUCAAUGCUUAUGUUUUAUUUAGCUUGUCCUAUUGCAACAUCAUUAGGAAAAAUACUAUUACAAACAACUCCUGAUUCAAUAUCAAUGUAUUUGGAAGAUUAUUUGAGAGAGGUAAAAAACAACAAAGAUCUAAAAGAACAAGGCUUACCUCAAAUUCCUGAAUAUGCAGAAGAUUCUAGCAAUUCAAUAGCUACUAGAGAUGAACGCGGAGAAUUAUUGUGUGAAUCAAUUGAUCAUGUGUAUUCAGAACUUAAAAAACUUAAAUUGAAUAAUAGAGAAGAUUUGAUGGUUCGUAAACCAAAAAGUUUAUAUGAAUCAGCAUAUGGUCCAGGCGAAGGAAAAUAUAAAGGAACGAACGAAAUAGAAUGUACGGUUUAA